AUAUGCUAGGAAGUUUUGGACUCGGCUAUUCAAUCAAGCAAAACAACACCAAACAAAAACAUGACCAAUCUCUUACAUCUUUUCCUCCUCCUCCUCCUCCGCUCCGGCUUCAGCUCGGGUGGCCCUCUCUACCAUACCUGUGGCCUCAGUAACUACACUUCCAAUAGCGACUACAAAUCAAACCUCAAUCAACUCCUCCGCAUCCUCACCUCCACCAACUCCUCCUUCACCACCAACACAACUGGUUCGACCCCGAACACCGUCUACGGCCUCUUCCUCUGCCGAGGUGAUGUCGGUCUCUCCAAUUGCCGCGCCUGCAUCCAAAACGCCACGAAAGACAUCGGCUCCCUCUGCCCCAGCUCAAAAGAAGCCACAGUCUGGUAUGACAACUGCGAGCUCCGAUACUCUGAUCUGCGCUUCUUCUCCUCACUCGACUACAGAGGCUCUUACUUUUUGGCCAACCCGAAGAACGUUACCAAUAAUGUUGAAGGUUUCAUCAGGCUGCAGAAGGAGCUUCUGGAUGAUAUUACAAGCUACACCGCCUACAACUCUCCUACUAUGUUCGCCACUGGGACGGCGAUGAACGAGACCAACAGCAACGCCAGCUUCACGCUGAGUGGACUGGCGCAGUGCACGAGGGACCUGUCGGCUGAAGAUUGUGGUCAGUGUUUGAUAGUGGCACGGGCCAUGUACACUGGUUCUGAAGCAAGCACAGGGGGGAGGAUUCUUACCAAGAGCUGUAAUUUUAGGUAUGAGAUGUAUGGGUUUUAUCAAGGGAAGCCGGAUGUUCUGCUUAAUCUCACGACUCCAGUGAAAACGCGGACUCCGCCGCCUGCUCCGGACACUCAUGAGGCUCCAGCUAGAGAAGGAAGCAAGAAUAACACCAAGAAGGUGCUAAGUAUCAUCAUUUCAAUUGUAGUCGCUGUGAUGCUUCUAGUUACCAUAUGCAUUUACUUCUGGAAGAAGAGAGCAACAAAACUCACUCUCGGCAAGCACAGAGCUAAGUCAGGCAAGACAAACCUGGAGGAUGACUUGUUACUACUAGAUCUGUCUACUCUAAAAGUUGCAACAGAUUAUUUCUCAGAAGCAAAUAAGCUCGGAGAAGGUGGAUUUGGUUCAGUCUACAAGGGGAAACUUGCAGAUGGACAAGAGAUAGCUGUAAAGAGACUUUCCACAAGCUCAACACAAGGAGUAGAAGAGUUGAAAAAUGAAAUUUUAUUGCUUGCUAAACUUCAGCACAGAAACCUCGUCAAGCUCCUUGGUGGUUGCCUAGAAGAACAAGAGAAGUUGCUUGUUUAUGAAUAUGUGCCUAAUAGGAGUCUGGACAACCUUUUGUUUGAUCCUGUCGAAUGCAAACUAAACUGGAGUGAAAGGUUUAAUAUCAUAGGAGGAAUUGCACGAGGGCUAUUCUACCUACACGAAGAGUCUCACCUAAAUGCUAUACAUCGAGACUUGAAAGCUAGUAACAUCCUGUUGGAUACAGAUAUGACUGCAAAAAUUUCAGAUUUUGGUUUGGCAAGGCUAUUUGGUGGAGAUGAGACGCAGGGCACCACAAGUAGAGUGGUGGGAACUUUUGGAUACAUGGCACCGGAGUAUGCACUGCAUGGGCAUUUCUCCACCAAGGUUGAUGUUUUCAGCUAUGGAGUGCUUGUUUUAGAGAUAAUUACUGGAAAAAUGUGUAGCAGAUUUUAUGACUCUGAGCGUGCCGAAGACUUUCUGAGCUAUGUAUGGGAGCAUUGGAGCAAUGGUCAAAUAUUACAGAUUGUCGAUCCAUCUUUGGAAAUUUUUUCCAAGAAUGAGAUACUAAGAUGCAUCCACAUAGCAUUAUUGUGUGUUCAAGAAGUUCCAGAUGAAAGACCUUCAAUGUCAUCAGCUGUUAUCAUGCUCCACAGUCCCUCAGUGCCCCUGAAAUCUCCUACAAAACCUCGGUUCGCCAGAGGAAUGAUUAGCUCUAGUAUGUUACCAAAGUCUACAGAUAUGGGUUCUAGUGAUGAGUUUGCAAGGAUGGUGUUACCAAUUUCAGUAAAUGAUGUUUCCAUUACAGAAAUGCAACCACGGUAGAUACAGACAUAUCUGAAUAAGUUCUUCACAUCUUGGACAGGACAGCUACAUCUUAGAUGAUUUUGUGAAUGACUUCUUUAUGUAGUAAUUCAUCAUGAUCCUAAUCACCGUUAUCAUUAUCAUCAUCGACACAUUACUUGUAAUAGCAUGGUCAACUAUGGAAUCUAAAAAUAAUUAUAGAAGGCUAUACGAAAAGAA